UGUGACAUACGACGUCGUCGGUGCGUAGACAUCAGGCUUUUGCUACAGAAGAAACCUUAAUUUGGCCAAUUUUGGGGGGUAAAAUGUCGGCAAUUUGUGGACGAUGUAAAGAAGGAGAGGUAGUGUUCGAGUGUGCCGACUGUGUAGGAAGUAAACGGCGUGGUGAGUUGCUGCCGUUAUGUGAUCCCUGUAAUACUUUAAUCCAUAUCGGAUUCCUCGAAGAUCAUCAAGUCAUCUCUGUGGCAAUAAAGCUAAAGAAAGCAGACUUCCAGGAGCAGCUGAAGACUUUCAAGAGCCAGGAGAAAAGUCUGCAGUUGAAACUGAAGGAGGUCAGUUAUGCUAAGCAAGAUAUUGAACAGAGGUCCCAGUACAACCAGCAGGUCAUAACUCAAGCCUUCCAAGCGGUGUGGCAAGCCCUGAAACAGAAAGAGCUUGAGUUGAUCACACCAGUGAAACGCACCGGCAAGGAAAAGACUACGCUGUUAGUGGAAUGUGAGAAGAGUGUCGGCCAGGUCACGUCAGAAUUCAAAAGUUUAUUCAAAGAAGCGGAGAAACUCCUGCAGGGAAACUUGGUGGAGUUCGCCGAGCAACAUGAGCAGAUUGCGAAAAAGCUGCAAGACUUUGAAGUUGGUAGAGUCAGCAAGCCAUUCCCGACUCUCGGCCGUCCCGCCCAUCUAGAUAUUACCAGUCUCCUUCAGAGCAUCAAGGAUCUAUGUCUUCAGUCUGUUGAGGAUGAAGUCGCGGCUGAUGAGGAUGUUUCCAAGGGGGAGAAGGAGGUUGGUGUGAAGCAAUCCUCCCAAGGAGCUCAGAAGGAAAAGAUAUCGGAGAUGCAGUCACCACAAGAAGGUGAUUCUCUUCAGGUGUAUGUUGAGAGUCGCAUGGACACCAAAGGUCAUUUCUGGGUCAGUAAGAACCUGAGUGAGGAUGUGGCCAACCUCUACGAGAACCUCAGCUUCAGAAUAAGACAAGACAUUCUGCAGAACCCCAUUGCCCAUGUUGAGAUUGAGGAAGGGAUGUUGUGCUGUAGUCAGUUUCAAGAGGAUCAUCGCUGGUACCGGGGCAGAGUCCAUCAGAUCAAUAGACAAAAGGGCGUUGCUCGAAUUCGAUGGCUGGACUACGCACAUGAUAAUGAGGUUCCAUUGUCAGCUAUACAACCGCUGAAAGAAGAAUUCCAAACUCUUCCAUUCCAGGCUAUGGAGUGCUCCCUGUUUGAACCCAGGGAGGAGGAUGUACCCCACCAGGCUCGAUGGGAAUUCUCUGACCAUGUCGCUAAUGCCUUACUGGAUUGCAAGGUGCUUAGACUGGUAUCGCCAGAGAGUAAAUACCCUGUGUACAUUGUAGACUUAGAGGACAAAUACAAAGACGUUAAUAUCAAAGAGAGAGUCAAGGAGAAAAUUGAAGAGGCUUCGGGUAAAAAAGAUUCUAUACAAUGCAGAGAUAUCCGCUAUAUGAAAGACUUCACACCAGCAAGUAGCAAAGCCUCCAAGAAGGACACCACUAAGAAACCCAAGGAUGCGGAUGAAGGGGAGGAGAAAAAGACAAAGGUGCUGACCAAAGCUGUUGAGUCGAGCGAUGCUAAAAAGAAUGAAGACAAUGAAACGAUAAACAAAGAAGAGAAGCUGGACGACACACAAUCCGCCACAACGAGACCAGUAGAAGCAGCGCAACCAGAGACAUCUGAGAACCAAGAAGGAGUCACAGAUGCAGGGACAAGUGAUCCUAAACAAGAGAAGACUGAAGAGGUGAAGGAUACAACGUCGAAGGUAGAGAGCAAGGAAGAGGAGAAGCAGGUGGAUGAUAAUCAGUCCGGGCCGACGCAUGAUUCCAUCAAGAUAUUGAAGAGAGGAGAUGAGCUUCCAGAUCAGGGCAAACCAGCAGCAGAGCAGAUUCAUCCACCAAGUGAAGAAGAACCACCAGCCUGUCAAGACGGUACACCGAAUGAAUCCCAACAGGAUGACAGCUCCUUGAAUGAUGACCCCAUGUGUCAAAGUUCAGGGGUUAAACAACGAGAGAAAGCACCUGCAGACGCAGCUGCCGAUCAGUACUCCCUGGAACCCGGGGAGGAUGAUGAGGAGGACAACCCAAAUCUGAUCGAGAUCAACACUCGACGGGCAGACCAGGCCAUGGCGCACAAUCCUGAAAAUAUGUACCAGUCUUUGAGUGGUGGCAGGGAGCGGGCAGUCAACGGGGACGGGCCACAGUACCACGAGGGCAGCAGACCGUACAAUCAGUACGGCGGGGGAGGCUUCCAUAUGUCUACUGGGAUGCUUGACGGGGGAUAUCACCCACCCACUGCGCUUGGCCUCAACCCUGUCGAAUCUUCAACAGAAUCGAAUCAAAGCUCACAACCUCCCAGCAAGGAUCAUGGAAGCUCUACAGGAGAUGGGUUUAAGAUUGUUGUUGAUUCCAGCUUCAAUAUCUGCAUUGCGACUCCGCUGUCAGACAACGGCCGCUUCUGGGCCUCCAGAUUGAGAGGUCCAGCCCAGGAGUCUCAGCUACGAAGACUCAUGCACGACAUCAGCCUUCCUGCUGAAAGUUUAACCCUGAGAGACUUGAAGGAAGUGAAGGUGGUUAGUGUGCAGGCGCCCUCAGGGCAAUGGUGCAGGGCUAGAGUAGAAGGAAUAACUGAUAACAAGGUUAAUGUUCGCUAUGUUGACUUCGGACAAGCUGAUGUAGUGGAAGAGAAUAGAAUCAAAGCUCUCUCGGUGAAUAGUCAGCUCUUCCCAUUCCAGGCUAUGGAACUGAGCAUUGCUACCCAGAAUCAUCCUCACUUCUCUGAACAAGCUAAGGAAGCUUUCAUGAAGUACACUCAGAGCAGAACACUCAGUGCUAAAGUGGUGGCGUCUGAGUCUAAGAUUGUGUUCGUCAAACUAUCAUACAUAGAUGAGAAUCAUCUAGUGUACGAUAUUUCAUCAGCUAUUCUGAAAGUCAACCAGGAGACAUCACCACAGAGUGGUGCAGAUGUGAAAAAGGAGAAACCCCCACCAGCCGGUAAUUCCCACCACCGCGGACACAGAGACCAGAAUGAUGAUCAUCCGUACAAUGAUGACCACCAUCGGCCGAACAAUCCUUACGAGCCCCAGUAUGAUCAUCAUGGUGGGGGUGGGGGAGGAGGUGAACGCUGCUUUGUGUGUAACAACUUUGGCCAUCUCAGCUAUGACUGCCCAAAGAAAGGCGACCCUCAAAACCGUAACUAUAGAAACAAAGGCGGAAACAAAAAGCAGCAAAAUUGGGGGAGAAAGAAUCGCAAAUAUUAGAGACGUCAAAGAAAACAGUAUUUCCAGGUGAGGAGAAACAAAA